CAAUAACAAACUCUUUCACGUUCGUAGAACCGCGCGCAAGGUUAAGUCGAACCUGACAACUCAAGCUACAACUACUAUUAAGCCUCAGAUGGAGCGACUCGUAGACAGAGAAAUAACAGGAGCACUUAUACUCUUCUGGGCAUCUACAAAUCGGACUAAGGCACAUAACUCAUGAUGAUGUACCUCAUUCGUUUUUCUCAGUCUCACGAGACUUUCCGGCUAGCAGAGAUUCAGUCACUCGCCAUAGUCAACAAUAUCAACUUAGAGAUUGUAUUUUAUAGCGAAGAGUCACCCUUCUGUAUAGUCCAACUGCCGUCGGAAGAUGCAGCAAAGACUCUCCUAGAGCGCUCUGUCUUGGCGCAAAGCAUUCAUGAGCACUGGGGUUCCGCCGAGACGUAUGACGAACUUCAUGCCAUUGUGAAGCGUGACACUGCUCACCUAUGGGCGCAAUAUAAAGAAGUCUCGUUCAAAAUCAAUAUAGAUGCAUACCAGGGUUCUCGUUCAGAGAAGCGGAAGAUAGAUCUCAUCAAUUCAUUCGCUUACCUAGGGUUCGACGGUCUCAUUCUCCUCAAGAACCCGGACCAAAAGUUCACCAUCUUCGAAGAAUGGGAAUUUGAUUCCGUACCACGUAACCUACCUAACCCCUUGAAAGUGCAUUUUGGCCGUCUUGUCGGUCAAAGUGUGCGGGAGUUGAUCAAAACUUAUGAUCUCAAGAAGCGAGGAUAUAUUAGUACCACAUCUAUGGAUGCAGAACUUGCUUUGGUCACGGCUAAUAUCGCUCUGGCUGCGCCUGGGAAGAUAUUCUACGAUCCAUUUGUAGGUACUGGCAGUUUCCCGAUCGCAUGUGCGCAUUUCGGGGCUCUCGGUUGGGGAAGUGAUAUCGACGGCCGCAGCGUCAGGGGUGAAGGAGGGAAGAGGAGCCUCAAGGGGAACUUCAAGCAGUAUGGAUUAGAAAAUCUAUUGGGGGAUGUCUUCGUCAGCGAUUUAACGAAUAGCCCCGUGAGGAAAGCCAGGAUACUUGAUGGCAUCGUCUGCGACCCACCAUACGGCGUAAGAGAGGGAUUGAAAGUACUCGGAUGUCGAGAUCCGGAGAAGGAUGCCUGGCUCGUCGAAAAGGGAAAACGAACUUACAAAAAUGCAUCUUUCAUACCUCCGAAGAAGCCAUACAGCUUCACAGCUAUGUUAGAUGACAUACUGAACUUUGCUUCAGAUACAUUAGUGGACGGCGGCCGUCUGUCUUUCUGGAUGCCAACAGCGAAUGACGAGGAGCAGGAAAUACCUGUGCCGACGCACCCGUGUUUGAGUAUCGUAGUUGUCUGUACUCAAGUAUUCAAUAGGUGGUCGCGGAGAUUGAUCACUUAUAGCCGUCUGCCGGACUCGCAGGUUGACUUAUCUGCACUUGUGCAGAGGAAACGAGAGGAACAAGUGAAGGGCCACACGGCAGACGACCUGAACUCGUUCCGCCGUGCUUAUUUUAAGGGCUUCAAGACAGAGCAGUCGGACGCGGACAUUGCGGUAGGGCAAUCAAACGGAGAAAAAUGACCUAGUAGCCUUACUAUUCCCUUUUCACAGGCAAACCCACGUAUACCCCAAAUACCCCCAGAGUAGGUAGUGAGGAAUGCUUUUCUAAUACCAACAAGCAGC